AUGUUCAUGUUGAUUGUUGGCUCGUGGUACAAGAAGGACGAACAGGCUUUUCGCAUGGGUAUGUGGUACAGCUUGACUGGGUUUGCAUCCGUCGUAUCACCCUUGAUCAACUAUGGACUGGGCCACGUCAACGCGGCACUUUCACCGUGGAAGUAUAUGUACAUCUUCGCAGGAUCGCUCACAACUUUCUGGGGCAUUGUCCUUCUGGUUCUCUUGCCCCCUGACCCCAUUCGUGCACGCGGAUUCAACGACCGCCAACGGUACAUCCUCGUGGCUCGACUGCGUGUGAAUAAUGCCGGUGUGAGAAACACGCAAUUUAAGAAGGCACAGGCCAUAGAGCUGGCCACCGAUGUCAAGUUCUGGCUCAUCUUCCUCAUCGCGCUCCUCAGCAUGAUCAUGAACGGCCCGAUCUCAACGUUCAUCCCAACGAUCAUUCACGGCUUCGGCUACAACACUCUCGACUCUCUGCUCUUGGUCAUGCCUGCUGGUGCUAUAGCAGGAAGCUUGAUGCUCUUGAUGGGCUGGCUGUCAUAUCGAUUCAGCAAAUACAACAUCCGCACAUGGCUGAUCUUUGGCACACAAUGUGUGACGAUCCUCGCCUCUUCAUUGCUGUGGAAGCUAGACCGAUCGGACAAAGGCGGAUUGCUUUACGCUGUCUAUACCCUUUCUGUCUACGGCUCGGGCUAUGCUGUCCUCAUGGGCUUGUGCAUUGCCAACACUGGAGGAUACACGAAACGUGCACUCACUUCAUCUGGACUUUACGUCGGCUACUGUUUCGGGAACUUCAUCGGACCGCUCGUCUUCUUGGAAAGUGAGGCGCCGGUCUACAACACAGGUUUCACGGUGACGACCAUCACAGCGUCCAUUGCAGCCCUUCUUGUUCUGGUAUAUCGCUUCGUCUGCAUCGUGGACAAUCGCAAGCGAGACAAGUCUGGCACGGCAGAAGCAUUCGAUCAUGCCUUUGAAGACCCCACGGAUAAGGCGAACAAGCAAUUCCGCUACGUUAUGUAG